AGUGGUUUUAGCAAGUUGGCCCACCUUAGGAUAUACUUCUAGGCGCCUUGGUGCAAAUGUUUGCAUCAGAAAUGUAAACAGUCCCACAGAAUCGAUCGAUCAUAUGCUCGAACUGGUAUCAUUAGCGAAAUAACUCAAAAAAAAGAUUAAAUUUAUAUUCAAAACGUGGACACGUGUGCUAAACCUCAAGCAAUGAGUAAAUUCUACAGGUUAGCUAUCGGACACAUCAAUUAUGUAAUCAACCGAAGAUCCGUAUCAAGUAAACCAUCGAGCGAUAAGCCCACAGUGAGACGAGUAUGGAGGCUACUAUUCGGACGCUAUCUAUUGAUCACAAAUACCGUCAGCUCAGGAGUACUGAUGAUGAUAGGUGAUGUAGCAGCCCAGGCAAUCGAGAUGAAACGUGACGCAGUCGAAAAGAGGCAAUUCGAUUGGCGACGAAUAGGUUAUAUGACGUUGGUUGGGAUUUCCCAGGGCCCAUUGCAUCACUAUUUGUAUAAAUGGAUGGAUCGUAUAUUACCAGGAGUGAAUCUUAAAACAGUAUUCCAGAAGAUCGGCAUAGAUCAGUUCGUUAUGUCGCCAAUUUUCAUCAUCACUUAUAUGUACAGCGCUGGGCUGUUAGAAGGAAAUAGCGUUCGCCGUUGUUCAGACGAGCUGGCGGAUAAGUUCUGGGUUAUCUAUACGGCCGACUGGUUGAUAUGGCCUCCCACGCAGUUUAUUAAUUUUUAUUUUCUCAGCCCAAAGUACCGCGUGUUGUACAUUAACGGCAUCACCAUGUUGUACAAUGUUUUUCUCUGUUACAUCAAACACAAUGAUGACUUUCGGAUAGAUUCUGAAGAGAGAAAAGUAUAUUAAACAAGCAAUAAUAGUU